AAGGCAGUUAAAAGCACUGAUUUUAAAUUUUAUGUUUCAACAUUCUAUUGAACCAAAAAGGAUUUCACUGAUAUUUAAAGUGCGUUUUCUGAGGCAUAAAAAAUUAAAUAAAACUCCAAAGAAGUGUAUUGACAGUUUAUUAUGAGAAAUAGCAAGUACCGCAGUGGGAUGUGUAUGAGAACACGACUUCUCAGUGUUCCGUGGAAAUUUACGGCCUCAAAGACAGACGAUGAACGGGAGUGGGAUUCGAACUUAGAACGCAUAAGAGGUUCACGUAGCGCCGAUGUACGGACCGAGUUAUACCGUGGUGCUGAUGAAGAUGGUCAUCCUUUUGUGUCCGAGACCCCCAAAGCAACGGCGCUAAAAAGCGUGAGUCUGGAUUCUAGUUCCUUUCUUGGAGUGCCCUCUAAAGAACAUGACAUGAAAUUACGCAGUCAAAGCGACGGUGACGUCAUAGACGGUGUUUCGCAGACGUCAAGUGGCCGUCAAAAAAGGAGAACAUUCGCCACACUUAUAAAUCGAGUGAGACAUAGUGGCCGACGUUCAACCGUCUCCUGCAUGAACAGUCCAUCCAUGAAAUGUGAGGAUUUCAAAAUCCAUGUACCAACACUCAGCAAACAAAACUCAGAGGAUGUCUUCUAUCCCCAAAAUCCAGUGAAUGAGAAUGUGUACUGUGGGAUUCUCCGCUGUCUGCUGCAUCCACUGGGUAACCCGGACGUCACCACGGGACUCCGACCUGGUGACCUAAUUCACAGACUAAAAGAGGUGUUUGAGGUGAAUCAAGAUGAACAGGAAUUCUACAUUCGACAAGAAAUGUUCCAUCGACCCCACGCUAUCCAGGCCAAUAUAUGCAUCAUAGAGGCCAAAGGCCUUCAUACAGAUGCUCUAGAGAACUGCAAUCCUUACUGCCUCCUGAACAUCUAUCAUCCGCUACAACGAAAUUCUUCAUUCUCCCCAAAGACCUCACCCAAACCCUCCCCGAAAUCCUCACCCCAGCUGAAGAAGCACUCAGCCACCCUCCCCACGGAAGUGGAGGAAAUGAUGAAGACAAACACGGCCAAACACACGAUGGAUCCCCAGUGGAAUGAGGAAUUCCAACUGUCUUUAGAAGAUAUGCUAACAGAUGAAAUACAUUUAUUUAUUUGUAACCAAGAUCCAGAAAUCGGAGCAGAAAAACCCCACCAUGACAGGCUUCAUGUUUUGUCAAGCUUGUUGAAGAAUGUCCUUCAUGUCAGUGACCAUGACCGGCUAGACCAGCAUUUGUUUGGCAAGGUCAUCAUUCCAGUGAGGGAGAUUCCUGCUCAGGGCUGUGAUUGGUGGUGGGAUAUUACAAGCCCCACCUCUAAAGGAAGCAAACUCUCUUGGGGAAAAUGUCACAUCAAAGUUCAUCUAUCUCAUCAGCAGAGUUCUCAGACCGGCAGUCAGCCAUUUUCAGUAGAAGAUUACUACCAGGCUGCAGAACAGUUCUACAAACACGCCAUUAAAGGCCUGGAGGAGAAUGCUCCUCUGGAUCCCUACCUCAACAAACAGGACAGUAGAAUCUUAGAUUUGUUUGCUCAGUCAUACGGAAUCUCUAAGUUAUCUCAAAUUUUGAUUUGUGUGUUAUCCUCCCACUGCCUCCCUAUGGGUGUGGUCAAUAACCUGUACAACACCCUGGGGAUCGGCUACUUCAGAAUUGUCUCCUUCUGUGUGGAAAGAAAGAUCAGUUCGCUGAUUAAAGAGCUGUGUCAUGAGUUAGAUUUGUACCAGCGUAAAUAUCACCAGUUCAGUGUUAACAUCACUUACAGUUGUCGACUUGCCCUCAGAAUGUUCUUCGCAGCUAAAAAGUUCUACAGUGUCGUUAGGGAUAAUGUCAGCAGAAGGGAUGUGUUCCGGUUGACCAUUCAUCAGUACCAGGACUGGUUUCUGGAUGCUCUGGUGUUCUGGUUACAGACAUUUAGAACCGAAUGGACAACAACGUGGAUUUUGUUCUUGCUGCUAUUUCAUGACAGACAUUUAACAGAAGAGAGUGACAAGGAUCUUAUUUGUGAUGGAGCCAGAAUGUAUACAGACAAGAUUCACGUAAUGAUGGAGAAGAGUAAUUUUUAUGACGAUGGAGAUGAACAAUUUGAUAUCACAGAAAGGCUUUGCAUUACUUUGAACAACAUUGAGCAUGUGCGACAGUACCUGAAGGAACUUCCUGUUCUGCUGGACUGGGAAUCUGUCUGCAUGCUUCUGUCCACCAAACAUGAGAACGAUGACAUUGGUAACAAAUCCAGCUCCACGCUCACUCGACUCAUCACCUCAGCCGGACAGGAAAUACUGCUCAAGUGUUCCCUCCUCAUACGACAAAUCGUGGAGAAAAUGAAAGUAGACAUGGCUAGAUUUAUGGGAAUAUUUACUCAGAAGACUCCUGAAAAAGCUUCAUCCAUUGAUCAGCUGUUCCAAUACUUGUCCACAAAUUUACGUACCCUGAAGGAGCGACUGUUUGACAGCAUGUAUCCACACAUCACAGAGGAACUGUGGAAGACCAUUACAGAACUUAUGGAGGAACAAGUGUUUAUAGGGGAAAGACCUGAAUAUUACUCUCAAAUGAAGCAGUUUUUACGAGCCUUGACCUCUUACUUUGCCAAAGAUGGCCUGGAAGAGAGCAAAAUUCAGACAGAGCAAUACAAUGCAUUAAAGGCCCGACUGGAAUUGAGUGCUCUUAGUACAGAAGAACUUAUGUUGGAGUAUUUCAACAAUCUUGCUGAUGACAUUGUAAAUCAGGAGGCAUUAACAUCUGAUUUUCUGGGAAAUCUUGCUGUGAAGGUGUCUUAUAUAGAGGAAACACGUGGAAAUGUUACCAUUUUUAUUAAAGUGAUUCGAGCCUCCGACCUUCCCGGAUUGGACCACUCGGGUUUAAGUGACCCCUAUGUUGUGGUCUCCCUUUAUCCAAAGACAAUGUUUGGCCACAACAAACCACAAAAGACCAAAGUUCUAGAGCAGACCCUUAAUCCUGUGUUCAACACUACUUUUCAGUUCCCUAAUGUCCCCCGUGAGUACAUGUCUGUGAGGGGGGCAGUCCUCCUGCUGAGUAUUUUGGAUCACGAUAAGAUAGGCUCCGAUGAUUUUGCUGGAGAAGUGGCCAUCCAUCUCUCCUCCAUAUCACCAAUGGAGAUGUCAACCACAGUGGAUUCUAAACCUGCUAUCAUGCUGCCUAUCAAACGACCAACAAGACAAACACAGGGACCUUACAAGGUACUGGUGGAAAGAAGCAGCUGGGAUAAAACAGCCAAGUUAUUUAUCACUGACCGGCGACGCUUCAUUGAGAAACAGAGACAGCGCACAGAUCUCAAUUCCAGAAUGUCUGGCUUCCUCUCGUUCUUCAGAGGAAAGAAAUCCUAAAUUUACGAGGAACUUCAUUUGACUGUUUAUGGUUUAAAAUGCCAUGUUGAUGUG